AUGUGCAUAUUUGCUGUGUUCUCCUUCCAUAACAACGGUUAUCGUCGGUAUGAUGUGAUAAGAAGAUGCGAGCAAGUCAAAGGAGUUACAAAUGUUAAGAUUUCUGAUACCUAUGGUAGUAACGCUGGCAAUAUAUAUGGUUGUAAGGUUGGCGGUAUAUAUGGUAGUAAGGUUGUUCGUGAGAGGGAGGGUCUACAAGAGGUGAGAGUGGAAGGAAAAUUUCUUCUCAAAAAGCUUAAGUCGAGCCUCGGAAGUAAGUCCCCCGAUGGGGACGGGGACGGGGAUUCCCCGAAACCUAUUAAACGGGGAUGGAUUCGGGGACGGGGGCGGGGAUGGAGAGCAGGGACGGGGAUGAUAUUGUUAUACCCGGCCCCUACCCGACCCGUUGCUAUCCCUAGCCAUGCGCAGAUGACCAUGUUAGCCAGAGGAGGAUUAGGAAUCAGAUGA